UGCUUAUGCAUCCUUGAUGGUAUCGAACGACAAAAUGUACCUUCUUAUUGAUGUCUAGUUUAUUCCUGUCGGUCAGUUUUUAAUUGUCCUAAUAUUUUAUUGUGUAAAUAUCAAUUGGUUUAGUUGGAAAUGUUCCAAAUAAUAUAAAUUUGUUUAUUAUACUAUCGUUCUGUUGUAUUAGUCAGCGUUUUGCGCUCUCCAUCGGCAUUACUUUUGUUUGUGUUAUCGAGUGAAUAAAUUGGUUUAUAAAGUGUAAGAGUAAUUUUACAAUGGAGACAUUGCAAAUGGGCGAAGAAUUGUCAGGAGAUGUGGAUGAUAACAACAUAAAAGACGAAAAUAAAGAUUCACAGUUAUAUAAUGGUUAUGAGAAUGGAAAUUUUACAAUACAAUUAUUGGAUUUUUCUGAUGAUGUUCUACUUAUAAUAUUGAGGAAUUUAUCUCCUAGAGAUCUGAAGGCACUUGGCUUUACAUGUAUGAGAUUUGCCAGUUUAGUACUGGAGAGAUCAUUAUGGCGUAAAGUGGACGCUAGAGGUCAGCCGUGUGGUACUGCGAGGUUUAAGUGGCUAUUGAAUGCGAUACAUGAUGAUACAACUAGUCUUAUGCUGACGGGAUAUGCUGGACAGAAUGAUGGUUGCUGGGGUCAUUAUGUCCCUAAACCGGGGGAAGAGGAACCCAAAGAUGGGACUGUAGUUGAACCAGCUGUUCCCAGAAUACAUGAAAUGCAAUUUUGUGCAAGAAAUCGUUAUAGAAGACAACACGCUUUGUUUCAUAUUCAAGCGAGACAAUUACCAAGGGUGGUGAGUACACCAUCCUGGCCUGAUGAGCCCAGGAAUGAAGCAUGGGAGUUAGUCGCUGAAGACUUUAUCCCUGCUGAGAAGGAUCAGAAACCCGGCAAAUGUACAGGACCUAGGUUCACAUUUACUGGAUCUAUGUACUUCAAAUUGAUAGAUAAAUGUCCCAAACUGACAACACUUGUGCUGGAAUACUGUAAUAUUAAUUGUAGAACUAUUCAAUUAAGUCAUUUGCCUGCAACUUUGAAGACGUUGUCGUUGAAAGGAGCGAAAUGUUUUAAUUUAUUGAUGGAUAGGUCAUUUCUUUUUAAGAUACAAGAUGCUUUGCCUGAUUUAGAGACGUUAGAUUUUAGCGAAUGUGAUUGGCUCGACCCCUCAUCCUUUUUACCACUGAGCAAGCUUCGUGCGCUCACCCGGCUGCGUCUGCGCGACUGUCCGCGGCUCUCAGAGUUUGUGGCGUACAGCUCUUUGGCAUCUAGAUAUGGAUUCAGAGUUUUACAGGAAUUGGAUCUCCGCGGUUGUCCCGUUGGUGACUCUGAGGUGUCAUCACUGUCAUGGCUGCCGGAGUUACGUGUGCUGCAGCUGGCCUCACACCGGCCAGCCAGCGCGCCCGGACAUCGCCAUCACCGGCUGGCUAAAGCACCCAGCGCGGUUUCCUUACAGCAAUGGGAGAUUGAGGAACCGGAUUUCUUCAAGAAACAUAUUGUUGAACGAGAUACUGACCUUGAACGAAAAGACUGUAAUGAUCCUUAUACAUUCACAGACAGUGAUUCAGAUGACACAACGACGGAUGAGAACUGUACAGCAUAUUUAACAAAGAAGAGACAAGAAAAAGAGAAGAAGACAAAAAAGAGAAAACAGGAAGAUGGUAGUGGGGACGCGGAUGUGAAUAAAGAUGUACCAUCCUGCUCUAAAUCUAGAAAAACAGAUGAGACGAAAGAUGGUGAUAAAAAGAAAGACAAGAGUAAAAAGGACAGCGAUUCAGAAGAUAGUGCAGGAGCUGUCGAAAACGGAAGCUAUGAAGGUUCAAAGGAACAUAAAGUGAAUGGUAAAAAGAAGAGUAAGAGAAUAGAAGAUAGAGAUAAGAAAGAAUCAGAAAAUGAAGUUAACGAUGGUGCUAGUACAUCUUGGGAAAGAUCUAGACAUGUCAGAGGUUUUAUAUGUUUGAGAAGGAAUAGAGAUCCAGAGGAAGAUGAGAAUCCAAUCCAUAGAGCUUUAUAUGUCAAUUUUAAUACGCCUAAUGUUGAACCUAGACCCAAUUUUCCGUCUGUAUUUUCAGAUCAGAUAACAUUUUUAAAUCCAACCGGUAGAUUACAAACUGUCGCGUUAGUAACGGAUACGUCUGUCAGACAGUUUGGUAGGGCUGAUGGUGAAAACAUUACGUAUGUGAAUUUCGGUCCUAACGGUCCUGUUAGGUUUGAAGGUGUAUCACCAGCUAGACCAGCAAGAUCUAAUUUAAGAUCAUUGUCGAUGGUUGGAUAUACAAAUAUAACUGAUAGGAGUUUAGUACAUUUGGCGACUGCAGCGCCUUUCUUGGAGUUUGUAGAUUUUAGAGGUACGAGAGUGACGGCUGAAGGUGUUCAACAGUUUUUAUUAGAGCGACCAGAUUGUAAGGUAUUGUAUGGUAAUAUUGAUGAUUGAAUAAUCAGUACUCAGAGUGAGAUAAUCUGUACUAAAUUUAAGUGAUUAUUUGAUUUUUUAGUAUGAAAACUCAUUGAGCAAUAAUUGAGUGUGCUAAUAAGUUUUUUUUUUUUAAAUCGUGAAUAUGAAUUUUAUCUCAGUUACGUGAUAAAUGAACGUUAAAUUGUGGAUUGGAUUAUUUUUUAAUAUAUCCAUAUUUAUGAAGUCGAAUUGUGAAUUGAUUGCUUUAGU